UUAAAGAUUGUAUUUUUAAAGUAAAUGUUUUUUUGAAUAUUAACAAGACUAUAUAUUAUGUUUUAUUUAUCGCAUCCGUUCAAUUUUUAAUCCUUGAUGUAAAGAGUAACAAAUGUCUUUUAUGAAUGAGAUCAAGAUUAUAAAUUACUUUGGCUAGGUAAAGAAAUAUUUUUAAAAUGUGAAUCAUUUUCACACAAUUAUAGAAAACAUUUGAUAUGCAACAUCAUCGAUGAUUUCAUUUAGAUACACGAAUUAUUAUUAUACACGUAUACUAUAUACAAGAUAAAAUACCACUAAGAAAGUUCCACGUGGUAAUAGAAAAGCAAAACCGGACAAAAAUAUACAAUUGGUAACAACUAAAAUGUAUCAAUUGAUUGCCUUGUUACCUAUGAUGAUGUUGCAAAAUGAAUAGUUCUAAAUAUAUAUAUAAACAUAAUUAUCUACCGAUAAUAUUACCUCCAAUAGUUUCUGUUAUUACUUCUGCGUAUUAAAAGUUUAAAAAUUGUUUUUUCAUUAUUUAUAUUUUACAUCCACGUUUACGUAUGAAUAAGCAAAGUGGCAACGUAACAUAACCUAUAAGUUGGUGGAAUCGAAAAUUUUUUCCGAUAUAAAAAGUCGUUAAAAGAAUUUAAAAAUAGAAAUAUUCGUGACAAAAAAAAAAUCUCGAAUAUAUUUAAUAUCGAGACAGUAUAAAUCGAUAGGAUCGAUUGAUAUAUCGGUUAGAUGAAAAAAAUAUAUAUAUUGUAUAUAAAUUAAAACUCUUAGAAAUAUUUGACGUGUGCGUAUAUUGUGCUAGUAGUUUCCUCGUUUCUCACGCGCGUGUAUCACCUCUGGGUAAAAUAGUAGAUCAAGUUGGCCCUUCUAUGUAGACUUUCUAGUUCUUUGGAAUAACUUGUUAGGAAAAAUUUCGGGGUAGUUUGUUCGAAAAUUGUGAAAAAAAAUCAAAGGUGCGAUUUGAGGUGGCGUGGAAGAGAAGCCCUCGGUUGUGGAUAAAAGUUUCGACGCUUUCAAUUCUAUCCCAUCGGAGAUUUUCAAUUGCGCACGAAAGUAACGAGUCAUCUAGCAAAUCAAGAUGGCAGAAGGGCAAGAGAAUCGGAAGAAGAUUACUAUUAACGUUAAAACGCCGAAAGAAAAACAGAGCGUUCAAAUAGAGGAAGAUGCGACGAUUAAAGAUUUUAAAGUGGCGGUCUCGAAGAAGUUUAACGCCCAGGUUGAACAGUUGUGUUUGAUAUUUUCUGGAAAGAUUAUGAAAGAUCAUGAAACACUUGCUACACAUAAUGUCAAGGAUGGUCUGACCGUACAUUUGGUUAUCAAAGCACCACGCACUCCGACUAAUCAAGCUCAAGAUUCUGUGCCCUCUCAGAGACCACAAGUUCCAGCUGAUAUAAGUGCCAGUCCUUUCGGUCUUGGUAGCUUAGGUGGACUCAUGGGAUUAGAGUCCCUUGGAUUAGGUUCCGCUAAUUUUAUAGAUUUACAGCAACGUUUACAACGCGAAUUGUUGUCUAAUCCGGAAACUAUGCGUCAAGUACUUGAUAAUCCUUUGGUGCAGAGUUUUAUGAAUGAUCCGGAAAAUAUGCGCAAUCUGGUCACAACUAAUCCCCAAAUGCAGGAACUUAUGCAAAGUAAUCCAGAAAUUAGUCACAUGCUAAAUAAUCCAGAACUUUUAAGACAAACAAUGGAGUUAGCCCGCAAUCCAUCUAUGUUACAAGAAUUGAUGCGUUCACAUGAUCGUGCUCUAUCUAAUCUUGAGAGUAUUCCUGGUGGAUAUAGCGCUUUGCGUCGCAUGUACAGAGAUAUUCAAGAACCCAUGCUUGCUGCAGCAGCAAACGAGCGUAAUCCUUUUGCAGCAUUGGUAGAAAAUAGUAGUAACCAAGAUGGACAAACUAAUCCACAGCAAGGCCAAGAAAAUAGAGACCCAUUACCCAAUCCUUGGAGUCAAAAUCAGAAUGAAUCUUCUACUCCGGGUCAACAGCAAGGUCAGGGUAGAGGUCUUUUAGAUUCGCCUGGAAUGCAAAGUCUUAUAGCACAAAUGAUUGAGAAUCCUCAAUUAAUGAGAAAUAUGUUAAAUGCCCCAUAUACAAGAUCCGUAUUGGAAGCUAUGGCAGCCGAUCCAGCCAUGGCCAAUAGAGUGAUAGCGGCAAAUCCAUUCCUUAGGUUGAAUCCACAAAUGCAAGAACAAAUGCGUGCUAUGAUGCCAGCUUUUAUACAACAAAUGCAAAAUCCACAAAUGCAAAAUGUUGUCUCUAAUCCAGAUGCUUUAGCUGCUAUUAUGCAAAUUCAGCAGGGUGUGGAACAAUUAAGAACCGUUGCACCCGAACUCGUGGAAAAUUUUGGACUAACCGUACCUAGUGCACCAGCGGCAACAGGAACUCCAGCUACCACAAGCUCAACCCCAACGACAGGACGAACAACGGAUACAAAUCAACAGGAUGCAUUUUCUCAAUUUAUGGCUGGCAUGGUAUCGGCAAUGGCACUAAAUCAAGGAGUAGAAGCUGAAGGACAACCUGCACCACCACCAGAAGAACGUUACAGAGCACAAUUAGAACAGCUAACAGCUAUGGGUUUUGUGAACAGAGAUGCUAAUUUACAAGCAUUAAUUGCUACUUUUGGAGAUAUAAAUGCUGCUGUUGAGAGAUUACUGGCUAAUGGACAAGUAUCUAUGAGCUAACCACCAAUCCGCAAUACUGUUAUUCUAUUUUUUUUAUUCUUUACUACCUUUAAUUAUAUCCUUAUUUACCUCUUAUGACUAGUAUGAAGAAAAAAGAUACACGAGGUAACUGGCUAUUGAAAAUUAUAAACUUCUAAUCUGAAUCUUGACAGAAUACAUACUACUGACACGUUUAAUAUGCAUUUGUACUUUUAAUCCAAAUAGUACUUGCUCAGUUAUUUUCCAAUCAAUUUUUACUAGACAAAGUUAUCAGCAGUUGAGUUAAACAAAAUUUAAUGUACGUUUCUUCGUAACGCCGAAUCUCUUUAAGUUUUUCUUAUUUCUUGUUUGUUUUCUCUUUGUACUUUCGAUGUGCUCUAAAAGUAUGUAUAUCACUCCGUUGAUAUAAUCUAUAUUACACUUUUGAAAAUCAUUUCUGGUGGUAUUUCUUAGAAACGAUCAAACCUGCAUGGAAAAUAGAUCGCUGCUGCUAAUUGUCUUGCUUCGGGCUUUAUCCAUUACUCCAUGAUAUUAUAUUCUCUAAUCGGUUUUUCAUAAAUGUAAUAAUAAUUAUAAUAAUAAUUAUAACAAUAAUAAUAAUAAUAAUAAAAAAAUAAUAUAAUUAUUACGAUUAUUACGCAAUAGGAGGGUAUAUCACCUGUAUUAUAAAUCAUAAUAUACAAAUUAUUAUUACAUUUUUAAGAAAAAAAAAUAAAUGCAGAAAUUAUACGAUAUAUAUAUGUCUCUAUUGGUCUUGUAUAUUACGUAUAAUUAUUUAGUUCUGUGCGACUUUAUGUUUACAAAAACCGUUUAUUAAUAGUGAUACGUUCCGUUUGUUAUUUACUGUCGUUUUAAAAGAUACACAAAUUUUUGUAGAAAAACAAAUUUAUCGAAAAUGGCUAGUUGGA